GCUUAGCGGCGCGCGCUGUUUCCGGAAGUGUCCGUCCUGGUCUGUUUCUUGGCCGCCUCCGACACCCUUUUCGCUGCCCUUUGCUGCGGAACUCUGCGCGUGGACCGGCAUCGGCCUGGGCGGGGCCAGGGUUCUGUCUGCGGGCAGAAUGGAGAUAAUCCGGAGCAAUUUUAAGAUCAAUCUUCACAAAGUGUACCAGGCCAUAGAGGAGGCUGACUUCUUCGCCAUCGAUGGGGAAUUUUCAGGAAUCAGCGAUGGACCCUCAGUCACUGCAUUGACAAGUGGUUUUGACACUCCAGAAGAGAGAUAUCAGAAGCUUAAAAAGCAUUCAAUGGAUUUUUUGCUGUUUCAAUUUGGCCUUUGUGCUUUUAAGUAUGACCACACUAAUUCCAAGCAUAUAACGAAGUCAUUUAACUUCUAUGUUUUCCCCAAGCCUUUCAGUAGGUCCUCACCAGAUGUCAAGUUUGUUUGCCAGAGCUCCAGCAUUGACUUCCUAGCAAGCCAAGGAUUUGACUUCAAUAAAGUGUUUUGCAGUGGAAUUCCAUAUCUGAAUCAAGAAGAAGAAAGACAGCUGAGAGAACAAUUUGAUGAAAAACGUUCUCAGGCCAAUGGGGCAGGUACUCUGGCAAAAUGUCCUGUGACAAUCCCUGAGGAUCAGAAGAAGUUUAUUGACCAAGUAAUAGAGAAGAUAGAGGAUUUCCUACAAAAUGAAGAGAAGAAGAGCUUGGAUCUAGAACCAUGCACUGGGUUCCAAAGAAAACUUAUUUAUCAGACUUUGAGUUGGAAGUUUCCCAAAGGCAUUCAUGUUGAGACAUUAGAGACUGGAAAGAAGGAGAGACACAUAGUUAUCAGCAAAGUGGAUGAAGAAGAGCGCAAGAGAAGAGAGCAGGAGAAGUAUGCAAAGGAGCAGGAGGAACUGAAUGAUGCUGUGGGAUUUUCAAGAGUCAUCCAUGCCAUUGCUAAUUCGGGGAAGCUGGUUGUUGGACAUAACAUGCUCUUGGAUGUCAUGCACACAAUUCACCAGUUCUACUGCCCUCUGCCUGAAGGCCUGAAUGAGUUUAAAGAGAUGACAACAUGUGUCUUCCCUAGACUCUUGGAUACUAAGUUGAUGGCCAGCACACAGCCUUUCAAGGAUAUCAUUAACAACACAUCCCUUGCAGAGUUGGAAAAGCGGUUAAAAGAAACACCUUUUUACCCUCCUAAAGUUGAAAGUGCAGAAGGCUUUCCAAGCUAUGACACAGCUUCUGAGCAGCUCCAUGAGGCAGGGUAUGACGCUUACAUCACAGGACUCUGCUUCAUCUCCAUGGCAAAUUACCUAGGUUCUUUACUCGGUCCUCCAAAAAUGUGUGUGUCCUCCAGAUCAGAGCUCAUUGAACCCUUUUUUAACAAGUUAUUUCUUAUGAGGGUCAUGGACAUCCCAUAUUUAAACCUGGAAGGGCCAGACUUACAGCCUAAACGUGAUCAUGUUCUCCAUGUGACAUUCCCCAAAGAAUGGAAAACCAGUGACCUUUACCAGCUCUUUAGCGCCUUUGGUAACAUCCAGAUAUCCUGGAUUGAUGACACAUCGGCCUUCGUUUCUCUCAGCCAGCCAGAACAAGUACAAAUUGCUGUUAAUACCAGCAAAUAUGCUGAAAGUUAUCGGAUCCAGACCUAUGCAGAGUAUGUGGGAAAGAAACAGCAAGACAAGCAGAUCAAGAGGAAGUGGACAGAAGACAGCUGGAAGGAGGUGGAAAGAAAGCAACCCAAAGUGCCAGGCCCCCAUUCCCAUACCAACAGCAUCACAGCAACUGGCAUGGUUGGAAAGAGAAAUCUGAGUCCUGACCCAGGGGAAGCUGGCUUGGAGGACAGAGAAUUGGAGGAGAUAUCUGACUCUGAGCUUGAACAGAUAGAUUCCUGUGCAGACCCCUUCCCAGAGGGAAGAAAAAAGGCCAAGAAGGUAAAAAGAAUGAAGAAAGAACUUUCCUUGGAAGGAACUGUGGAAGAUAGCCCUGCCAUGCUCUUUGAAGUCCCCGAUACAUGGUAGCGGAGACCAGGGUGGAGCACACUGAGCAUGCUGCUGCUGAGAGAAGGCUAGCCUAUCCUGCCUGUUUGGAAGCCAUACUGUAUUCACUUAAUCAAAUGAGGCAUGAGAGGGCUUUGGAACUGAGUUUAUAUCCUAGGAAAGAUACCUUUUACUUUUUUGGCUAUCUCUUUCUUCCCUUUUCAUCUAAAAUGACCAUUGGCACCUGUCAUGGUUGAGUGCUGUUGCAAGUAUGUGUGGUUAUUAACUAAUUAAUUCCUGUUCCUGGGUAACCUGUCCUGGCUGAUGAGCAUUGGCAAGCCCACCCAAGGAGGAAGUCAGCUGGGAAACAUGCCAGGACAGCCAGAUUCCAGGGUGUUCUGGUCAUAUUCAUGUUGAGCUCCACCCUGCCUGGAGAUAUGUGAACAUCCCUCUAUUCAGCCUGUGGUGCCAUCACAGGUCAUGGUCACUGGCUCCCAGUGAGUAAGUGGUUGUAUCCCCUGCUUCCCACCAUCACUGCCUAGAAACAGCAGUCAGGCUUGUCUUUUCAAUAGAAAUUUUCCCAAGCUUACCCAAGGUCAUCUCAACAGACACCCAGGCUUUGAGAGCACAUUAUUUCAAGUUACUUUCAGAUAUGAGUCUGUCAUGGGUAGCAUGUGAGUGAGAAUCUGGAGUUUCUGUUCCUGUGCACAGAUUCAUGGUGCAUGGAUUCAUGGUGAAGUGGCUUGUUUUUACUAUG